AUGGAAGUACCUAGUAGUCACAGAGCUGGAUCUCAGUCCUCUCCGCGUCCUUUUUAUUUACCGCCGUCAAAACAGAUCACACCUUCAGCGAUCGUUCGCGAAUGUCGCGAUUGGCUGCAGACUAGCGGUACACGACGUCCAUUCACACCGAGACCGAAGGCACGUCAUCUCUUUACUUACCUCAAAGAUCCAAACUCACGUCCACCCACUACUUCCACUAUCGUCUCCAGCGACGAGCAAUCAGCUUUGGAGGCACAACCACGCUCGUCACGGACUACUUUGUCCAGUCGAUGUCGAUCUCGAGUUUUAUCACCGAUUAUUGGCGAGAAGGCAAUGAAAGUUGAGGGGAUAUCAUGCGGAAGCCUUACCACAGCGAAAGCUGUUCAGCCAAUUGCUCACCUACCUUCAAGAUGUACUGAACAAGCACUCAAUGAACUCCUUGAUGGUCUCAAUUAUGCCACCUCCGAAUUAAAGUCAAUUGAUAAGUCAAACGCCAAUCAAGGAGGAAAUAAUGCCCCUGUUAUUGUGAAAAAACUAUUCAAGAUGCUGGAUGAGCUACAUGGGCUGCUAACAAAUAGCGCCUUUAUGCAUCCCACCACCAAGGUGAAAGACAAAGUCAUUCAAACGCUGCUACGGGUAGCGGCUUUCCAGAAUGCGGAAGUGCACUUCAAAGUGGUCAAUCUAGGCAUUUUGGACGUUGUACUACGUCUCGCCUAUGCACUGGGCAACGUAGCAGCACGCUGCGAAACCGCUAGAAGGACUAUAUUUUCCUCCAAAGAAAGCAUUGCAAAAAUGUGCAUGUUGUGUCAAAAAUAUGCUGAAACGCUUUUAAACGCGAGACCGAAUUCCUCAACUUAUGAUGUGUUAGUCAAGCUAACUCGCGUCAUUGCCAAUGCCUGCGUGGGGGCGGAGGGAGGCCUUCUGGCCGCGAACACACCCGAAUGUACCUCCAUGUUACUCAGGCUGUUGAACAUAUCAACGACCACUGAAUUGUCGAAUGAUGAGCUUUUGAAUAACAGCCUAGCUGGAUUGAAUAACCUUACCUUUUACAUGACGAUGGAGAAAGACUCAGAACUACUCUCUCUUCAAGCCGACGUUGGUCAAGAAUGCAUCAAAUUAUUAAACAAGUUUUCUCACAAAAAAGAAACUUCCCUAAACAUUGUGCGAGUCCUCGGCAAUUUGACUCGAAGUACAGACAUUCGAGCAUCUAUUGUGAGCUCCAUCAGCUCAAAUCUUGACGACCCCUGUCUGAUUGAUCAUUUUUGGAGUCUUCUAAAAUCUUGCGAUGAAAUUGUCUACAGCACGCUGGGAGUUCUUAUCAACCUCAUGCUGGAGCCUACCUUCCUCUCAGUGUUUCGUCGCCGAGACGGACUGCAGAAAAUGGUGGAUAUAAUGGGCACCUAUGCUGGAAUUGAUUGGCAAACAGCAGCCCUGUCGGGAAAAGUGAUGUGCAAUUUUAUCGCCUUCAUUGACAGUGAAGCAGAAGCUGAAGAAGGAGGCAGUAAACCUCUGGGCCUUAAAAAACCGACUGAAUUGGAGCCUCUUCUUCGCAAACUGAUUGACGCGAAGAGAGUUGAGGAGAUGUAUGGAGAUAUUGGAUCCGGAUCAAGUCUGGGAGAUAACAACUGCAGUUGUCAUCAGAUCUGGAAGGCUACGUGGAAGGAGGAAUUCCUACCCGUUGCAUCCCAUCUCUUAUCCUUAUUGAAUAAGGAGGAGGCAAGCAGAAAAUUCGAAUCUCUGAUUGGAUUGUCCUCCCCCGUACCUAGAGACUACAGCUCCCCUCCUUCCUGA